AUGACCAUAUCUAAUGGCGCCAUGUUGCUUGUCAAGUUCACUAGCUUCAUUUGCGGGGGUGUUGCUGUAGGUGUUUCCCCUACUCACAAAUUGGUCGACUUACCAAGUCUCGUAACUCUUUUCCAAACCUGGACAAAGUUUUCUCUAGGAGACAAUGAACCAGUUGUACCAGAAUUGUUCCUAGGAGCAAACCUUCUGCCACCCAAACCUGACUUGCCUAACAUGUCUGCCUCAAUCAACAUCAAGGCAGAAAAAUUUUCGAUGAAAAGAUUCGUGUUCACAGCUGCAAAGCUGGCAGAGUUAAAGGUGAGAGUUGAUCCAGAAUUCGGGCAAGCGAAGAAUAUGGGUGAAUUCAAGCCGUCUGUAAUGUUCCAAGCAGUGAAUUUGCGUCAAAGAAUGAGUCCUCCGUUGCCCGAAACUGCAAUGGGGAAUUUCAUUUGGCCAUUUAUGGUGGUGGUGGAAGAAGAAAAGGACAUGGAGCUGGUGCAGUUGGUGAUUCAAAUGAGAAAAUCAUUCAACCAUUUCUGCAACAAUGAUGCAAAUAUGUUUAAAGGCAAAGAUGGUACAAUCAAAAUUCUUGAGAAAUUGAAGGAGAGAGGAGAGUUUUUUAAGAAGACAGGAGACAUGAGUGUUUAUAAGUGUUCAAGUUGGUGCAAGCUUCCGCUUUAUGACACUGAAUUUGGUUGGGGGAAAGUGCUGUGGCAUGUGAGCAUUAACAAGAUCGUGAGCAACACUGUAGCGUUGAUGGACACAAGGUCUCGCAAUGAGAUUGAAGUCAUCUUGACAUUGGAUGAAGAAGAGAUGAGAAUUCUCGAGACAAACCAAGAGCUGCUCGAAUAUGCUACAAUCAAUCCCAGCAUUAAGUUUUUCUCAUCUACUACUCAAUCAAAACUUUGA